UUUCAUUUCUCAUGAUCCUUUCUCCUCUUAUCAUCCCACCAUUAUAUUACUAAUUGCUACCGUCAACUAGGUACAUAUUACAUACACUGAAUGGACCGCCGUCCACAUUCCAGUACUUCUUCAUCCAAUCAUCUCCGCCGGUGGGGCCUUUCACAUGCCUCUUGAUAACCAUCCACUUCAUCGUCAUCCUCUUUAUCAUCAUCAUCCUUGACGGACGCCACUCCUCAUGCUCUUCCGUUGGUCAAUCUCAUGCUCAGCGGUGCAUGGAUCAGUGCCCUUCUGAUUUUCCCUCUCUUGCUGGCACCGCUUUCCCACGGCCCCCUGUUCCAAUUUAGCUGCUGCUUUGAUGGCAGUCACUUAGCUAGACUAUGCCUCACUUUACAUAGAGGUCCCUGUUGUCGACAUAUUUAGCCGUUGGUGUUGUACGCCUGGCUCAGAGUUUUCUUGUUCAAAUUGCAAUAUCCUAUAUUUGAAGACACCACGUACCUGAACUAUACAAUCCAUCGCGAAUUAGACACCUUUCCUUUCCUUUUCCUCUCUCUUAUCCUUUCUCCUGGAGUCUUCUUCCAUUAUUUUCUUUUUGGGUACGCAAAUACCGCACGAUGAUAGACCACGUCCUCGGACGUCCGUCCACCAAGUUCCGCAAGAUCCAAGUCUUUGCCGUCUUUGUCUUCUGGUCCCUAUACCUGUCCAGGGGAAACAAGCAUGGCCCACCAGCCCUUCGAAACCUCUCUAGCCGGCUCUCCCAGCGCUUGACGGUCUGGCAGACCACCGUCGGCGUGUUCCUGUGGCUCUACAUCUGCCGUAACUUUGCCAAGGUCAUGGGCCUGGAAUGCCCCGAGCCUUUGGCCAAUCUCUACUCCCGCUCGUUCUUUCGCGCAACAUGGAUCACUACCGCGCUGGAUGCCGGAUUCUGGACGGCCAUGAAGAUCAAGCCGGGCUGGCUGCGAGAUAUUGCCUCACUCACGUUCACGGUCUAUUAUCUCUUUGCCGCCGAGCAGGCCGACGAGAAGGUGCGCCGGGUGCGCGCAACCCUGACGGUGGACCACCUGCGGGUUUCAUGGAAUAAGGGCACCACGCCGUACCUCUGGGCCCUGGCUAGCCUGAUGCGGCCGCGGUUGACCAAGUAUCCGCCGCGCGCCAUCCGCAUCCCCCGUCCGCCGCAGUCCGCCUACCGCGAACCCACCCACGCCUGGCUCUAUUUCGACGGACCUCUAAGUACGCUACGAGACCAAACCUGCGUCCUUCUGGACAUUCCGGGCGGUGGAUUCGUCGCCAUGGACCCCCGGUCCUCCGAAGAUCGGCUGCUGUCAUGGGCCGGCCGCACCAAGGUCCCAAUUCUCAGCCUCGACUACAAAAAAGCGCCCGAAUAUCCCUACCCUUACGCCCUGAAUGAGUGCUUUGAUGUCUACCAAACCCUGGUCACCACGCGCGGCCGUUGUGUGGGGCUCAGCGGGCAGACACGGCCCCGAAUCGUCAUCACGGGUGACAGUGCCGGGGCGAACCUGGCCGUCGGGACGACGCUGAUGGUGCUGGAGUCGGGUGGCCCGACAGGCUCCCCGCGGUGGGACGGCGAAAUUCCCCUUCCCCGCCCGGACGGGUUGGUCCUGGCCUACCCUGCGUUGAACGUGCGCGUGGAAAGCUGGAUGACAGAGGAGCAGAUGUCGCUCAUCCAGGACAAGAGUGCGCGCCGGACCAAUCGGAAUGUCGUCCAACGGAAGAACAUGGAGUACGAGCGACUAACGCCGUUUACCUCGCCGGGCCCUUCCUCCAUCGACAACCUCUGGAAGAGUGCCCUACCGGAGGCCGACAGCGAGGCCGUGGGUCCCCAGCCGACGUCGGGCGAGAUUGAAGAGCGGCUACAACAGGAGAACAUCGCCGCGCAGGCCGCCGCACUGGCCGACAACCAGCCCAAGCCGGUCCGGACGCGGAUCGCCGUGUCGUCGAUGAUCUCCUACGUGCACGACCGCAUCCUGACGCCGGAGAUGAUGCGUGCCAUGAUCAUCCUCUACAUUGGACCCCACAACCGGCCCGACUUCAGCACGGACUUUCUACUGUCGCCCGUGCUCGCCCCGGAGGCCCUCCUGGCCCGGUUUCCCAAGACGUAUAUCAUCACGGGCGAGCGGGAUCCCCUUGUGGACGACACCGUCAUCUUUGCGGGGCGUCUGCGACAGGCCAAGCUGCGGCAGUUCCGGGAGCGACAGGAGCUGGGACUGGAGCGGUCGCGCCGGGAGUUCGACGAGAAGGACCACGUGGAGGUCUCGCUGCUGCCGGGCGUCUCCCACGGGUUCUUGCAGAUGGCCGGGUUUUUCCCGGAGAGCCGAAAACACAUCGCCCGUUGUGCGACAUGGAUCCAGCACCUGUUCGAGACGGCGGCCCAGAGGGACGCGUCGACCGGCCUGCGUCACGCCCGUUCAGGCCACCCGGUCUUCUCGGACCCGUUCGACGGUCGAGAACUGCGACACCACGUCCGCCGCCAGACCGGCGAGUCGUCCGCCGACGAGGACCGGCCGCUGGAGAUGGGUGCUCGCACGGUGGCUCCUCUGACGCAGCGGGGCGAUCUGUCCGGGGAUGCCCCCCCGCGCGAGGAUGGCACGUCCCCGGCCACACGGUCCCCUGGUCCCUCGCAUCACAAGCCACCCACCACCGGGGUCGCCUCGCCCGAAGGGACGGAACUGCACCGGAAACGACGCAACGCCCCUUCACGCAUUUCCCUUCCGGGGGCCGACGGGUCCGUGUCCAGGGAGCGUCCGGGGGCGGAGCGGCCGCGUGCGCCCAGUCUGGGCAGCCUAUCGAGUGAGGAGGACCUAUUAGACCGGCGGAUGAACGGGCUGGCGGGGGGACUGAUGGGAAUGGGUGAAGGGGCGCAAACACCUUGAUCUAGCAUACGGGCAGAAAGGGGUCAGAUGGCGGGACAUGUGAAGCGGCACGGCAUGUGAAGGGGGAUGUGGAUCCCGUGUAUUAUUACGGGUAUCAGUACUGACCGGCCGAUCACUCAUCAUGAUAAUCCACACCGUCCCUUGGUCGCACACCGACACUGAAGACACUAGUGCUCAUUGGCUUUUAUUUUGACACAGAAGGAAUCAUGUCGGGUUCCCGUAUCGGGCCGAUCGUGUUUUCAGCUGUUUGUCGGCACAAUUCACGUUACAGAUAGGUUAUGAGGUAUUCGUCUUGCCAGUGCUUCUGAUAAGGCUCCUGUGUGUGCAAUGCGUUGAUUUAUGCUCCUGAUUUCUGGGGCCUCCCCGCCAUGGUCCGACCAAAAGAGACUAGCUGAACAGCUCCACCGCCGAUACAGGGACCCGUUAGCCUGAUGGAGGCGGUAGUCCAGGCCCAAAUCUGCCUGAUCUCUCGACAUUGUCAGGCAGAAACAGCGAUGGAAUGCAUUCUAUAGUUCUAUCAGGAUGGCUUGUCUAUGGUCGUAGAAUGAUUAUACUCCAAAAUAGGCAGGACAGUAGAUAAGCAGAAUAAUA